AUGAAUAGUGAAGAAGAAAUUCUUAAAUAAUUUGAUACAUUACUUAAAUAAGUAAAUAUAUAUGAAGACUAAAAUCCUGGUGAUGAUAAAUUGAUGGAGUUGAUUGAGAAAUUUUAAUAAACUCAAUAAGCAAUUAUUAAACAGCAUAUUUUUUCUCCAAAUGAAGAAUUCAAUGAAAUUAAAACAGAACAUUUGAAAUUUUUUUUAUUGCCAUUUUAUGUUGGUUGGGCAUUAAGUUAAGUACAAAAUGAAGACAUUAGAUUAAAGAACAUUGAAACAUCUAACUAUUAUGUGAAAGAAUUUCUGAAAUUAUUAAAGCAUUACGAAAUAUUAAAAGGAAAUCACUUAAAAUUAUUUAAAUCAAUGAUGGAAAAUGAUGUUUUAUAAAUAAAUAGAGAUGACAAGAUAGCAAACUAUAAAGAAUAACAAAAUUUGAAUAAAUAAAUAUAGGUAUAUAUGGAAAAUAACUACUUUAGAAUUUAUAAAAAUUAGAUGAUGAUAAAUUAUCGAGAGAAAUUAUAACAUUAUAAUUAAAUUAAAAAAUAAUAUUUUCUUUUGAUAUUUUGAAUACUAAUUAAUAGGAAUUAGAGAUACUGAAAUUUAAAUCAGCAAUGAAAAAAGAUAAAUAACUUUAAUAGUAAUAUUAAGAAUAGUAAGAGAAGCCAAUACCAAAAAUGAAAGUUUGGAAUAUACCAGUAAAUAUAAAUAAUAAGAAUAUUUUAGAAACCAACAAUGCAACCCUAAUUUUUUGAUCCUCAUUGUUAGCAUUGUUAAACAGAAUCAGAACUUAGAUAAAAACAUGUAGCUGAAGUUUGGUAACCAAAUGCAGCUAGACUUCCAAAUAUGACAUUAGAAGAAUUUGCUGAUUCAGAAAUGAAAGUAAAUUAAUAUAUAAAUAUUAGUUUGCUAAAGAUUAAGAAACAAAGAUGAAAAAAGCUUAAGAAGAAUAAUAAAAAUUAGAAGCAGAUAAGGAUGAUGAUAAAGAUUAUUGGGCAGAUUAAUAAACAUUAAAAGAUAGAAAUUGGGAUGAUUGGAAAGAUGAUAAUGAAAAAGGAGCUGGUAAUAAAAUGGGUAGAUGA